AUGGGUGGGAGGGAGCAGACGUCAGGAGCAGACGUCAGGGGCAGACGUCAGGAGCAGACGUCAGGAGCAGACGUCAGGAGCAGACGUCAGGAGCAGACGUCAGGAGCAGACGUCAGGAGCAGACGUCAGGAGCAGACGUCAGGAGCAGACGUCAGGAGCAGACGUCAGGAGCAGACGUCAGGAGCAGACGUCAGGAGCAGACGUCAGGAGCAGACGUCAGGAGCAGACGUCAGGAGCAGACGUCAGGAGCAGACGUCAGGAGCAGACGUCAGGAGCAGACGUCAGGAGCAGACGUCAGGAGCAGACGUCAGGAGCAGAGGCGGCGGCCGCUCGGUCAUUUACCAAAGUAUGCGUUCAAACGGCGGCUGGCUGCAGGCGGUGGAGGCGGUGGACGCGUGCCAGAUUCUGAACCGGACAAGAGCCCCAGUGUUCGGAUAUUUCUCGGCACUUAACGACCCAGACGCGCUAACCAAAAUACAAGGCCCAUAA